UGCCGCUAGAGGUAGCGGCGGCGACUGUGGUCUGAGAGCGUGGCUGCUUUGAGGGCGCGGAAGCUGUUCGGUGUGGGGACUAGGGCUGGCAAGAGGGUGGGAAAACCGGCGAGAGAGGAGGGCGGUGCCGGGGAAGGGCGGUGCCGGGGAUGGGCGGCGCGUGGCUGACUCAUCCCUCUGGAAGAUCAGACUGACAGACACAAACCCUUGCCGAGCCCGCCCGCCCGCGCCGCUCCUCUUUGGUUGGGAGGCGCCCGCCCGCACCGCCCGUCCGCCUUCUCCGGGAGCGCUCUCCCGGCCCGGCCGCCUCAGAGAAAGUUUUUGUCGUCGGGAGGGACCGGAGGCGCCGCGAGCCUUUGGGAAGGGAAGGAGGACUGAAGAGGAGGCUCCAGCCGCGCGGGCCUGGCGAGUGCAUGGUUCCCGGCGCCUCGGCUCCCUGUCAGGAGGACAUCGGGGCGGGGUCGGGCUGAGCCCAGCUCCUUCUUCCCGCGGGUUCGCCAGAAAUCGCCCUCCCGGACUACCGCGGGGCGUCCCCGCUCCUCAGCCCGCCAUGUCCCGGCUGCUGCCGCUGCUAAGGAGCCGGACCGCGCACAGCCUGAGGCCGGGCCCGGCCGCCGCGCCCCGCCCGCCGUCCUGGUGCUGCUGCGGGCGGGGGCUGCUGGCGCUCGCGGCCCCGGGCGGCCCCCGGGAGCUGGGCACCCACCCCAAGAAGGAGCCCAUGGAGGCGCUGAACACGGCGCAGGGCGCGCGCGACUUCAUCUACAGCCUGCACUCCAGCGAGAGGAGCUGCCUGCUCAAGGAGCUGCACCGCUUCGAGUCCAUUGCCAUCGCCCAAGAAAAAUUGGAAGCUCUACCACCCACCCCAGGACAGCUGAGAUAUGUAUUCAUCCACAAUGCGAUACCUUUCAUAGGGUUUGGCUUUUUGGAUAAUGCAAUUAUGAUUGUUGCAGGAACCCAUAUUGAGUUAUCUAUUGGAAUUAUUUUGGGAAUUUCAACUAUGGCAGCUGCUGCUUUGGGAAACCUUGUGUCAGAUUUAGCUGGUCUUGGACUUGCAGGCUACGUUGAAGCUUUGGCUUCCAGGUUAGGCCUAUCAAUUCCUGAUCUCACACCAAAGCAAGUUGACAUGUGGCAAACACGUGUUAGUACACAUUUGGGCAAAGCUGUUGGGGUGACUAUUGGCUGCAUUCUAGGAAUGUUUCCUUUGAUUUUCUUUGGAGGAGGUGAAGAUGAUGAAAAACUGGAAAAGAAGAAUUAACUCUCUUAGGAUACCUGUAAAAAGAUGUAAACUAAUGUACCUCAAUUAUUAAAUAUGCUGUCACAACAUUUAGGAAUUAAGACAGUAACAGUGCAUAGAUACGGGAUCAACUAAUUCAGCAUGUAUUAUGGAAAACACUAACUUAUUGUGGCUUGGUUUUCUUGGGACAUCUUUUUAAAAAAACGUUUGUGUAAAUUGUUGAAAUGCUUUUUCAUCAAUGGCAGUCAACAUUUUACCUUUUCUUUUUCUUUCUUUAUAUACCAAAAUAUCAUUUAAAUAUCAGUCAUUGAUGUGCUCUGCUGACUUGGGGUUUGCCUAUUUGUUACUUACCAUGUGUACAUGCAUGAAAGCAUUUUCUGUUGUUGUUCCCUUAUAGUUACAAUUCAACCUUAAGAUUUUUUCCAAAUUACUUAAGAUGUUUAACAUCAGUUAAAGAUUUUUUUUACUCUUUGGCAACAUCAAUUUUGUACCGUUUCACAGUAAACAUUUACAAUUAUA